GAGAAAAAAAGAAAAGUAAAGUGUAGAGAUCUGAGUCUGACACAGCCUUUUCAUUUAUCUAUCUAUCUCUCUCUCUUUUCUCAACGGACACAGGACAAUGCUUUGGAACCAACGGAACGGACUCGAUAAAUGGCGGACUCCAAUUUUAGAGUUUAGCUAGAUUUAAGGAACGUGUUUGAGGUCCGUGUUCUUUUAAACUUUACUACGUUUUUGUAACAUUCUACUUUCCAAGGCGGUUUUGUUUUUGUUGUCUCAGUUAGACACAGAAAGAGAGAGAAAGAGAAAGAGAAAGAGAGAAAGAGAGAGAGAGAGAGAGAGAGAGUAACUGAGACUGAGAGUGAGUAGAGUCUUGGUGGCUGGUGUGAGAGAGAGAGAUGGUGAAAUCUACCUCAUGCUUCAAAAUAAUCACCUGCGGUAGCGAUUCAAAGGACAAGGAUGAUCUCGAGGUCUCCGAGGCCAAGGGUUCAAGUGACAAACGUGGGUGGAGUUUCCGGAAGAGGUCUGCCCGGCAUCGAGUGCUUAGCAACACUGUUAUCUCAGAAACCCCCUCCUCUGCAAAUAAGGAGAGCCCAGAAGAUGUUAAUAUUAACUAUCAACAACCAGCCAACUCUACUGUUCUGGAGAAAAUUUCAGUGAUACAAUCAAUAGAUGAGAAACCCCAGCUGUCGACUUCAGUGGAAACAAAAGUAAUUGAGACAGUGGUUCCUACUGAAAAUGAAAAUAAGCUUGAUGUAUGCAAAGAGGAGUCUGUUAUUAUUGUCGAAAAUAAGCUUGAUGUAUUCGCAGAGGAGUCUGUUGUUAUUGUCGAAAAUAAGCUUGAUGUAUACGCAGAGGAGUCUGUUGUUAUUGUCAUCCAGGCUGCUAUCAGAGGGUUUCUGGGUCAGAUAAUGCUGUUGAAGCUUAAGAAUGUUGUUAAAUUGCAAGCUGCUGUUCGUGGGUAUCUGGUUCGAAGUCAUGCUGUGGGAACCCUACGUUGUGUUCAAGCCAUUGCCAAAAUGCAAGCUCUUGUUCGAGCCCGCCGUGCUCGUUUGUCUCUAGAGGGUUCAUAUCCAGAAAAUAAAUUAGGUGGGAAGCAUGAGAACAAUACCGAUACUUCAAAGACCUGGGAGAAGGAAAAAUUAGCAAUGGAAUCUAAUGUAACAUGCACUUCCAUUGAGAAGCUGCUAAGCAAUGGUUUUGCCCGUCAGCUGUUGGAAUCAACACCAAAGACCAAACCUAUCCAUGUUAAGUGUGAUCCUUCUAAACAUGAUUCUGCUUGGAAGUGGUUGGAGAGAUGGAUGUCUGUUUCUUCACCAGAUAUUGUUGAGUCAAAGAAAGCAGAGCCAAUUACAGAAAAACAGGAAAGAGAACAGGAUGAGAACUUGGUGUCUCAUUUUGAAACUGAAAUUCCAUCUGAAGUAUCUCCUGAGUCAAAGGAUGCUGAGUCCAACAAUAGGGAAUCACUGGUGCCAUCUGAAAGCGAAGAUAAUCUGAUUACUUAUGAUCCCAACGACUUCAACUUUCAGGCAUACAAUCCUACCUCUUUGUCAGAAGAUGAUUUAGAUCAGCCUCGGCCUGAAAGCACAAAUACAUCUGAUGCAAAAGAAACCUUGUUGGACAUGAUUUCUCUUCCAAAUCAAAGUACUCAAGCAGAUUCAAAUUCUCAAGUGGAGUUCAAUUUUCUUCCUGUGAAGCCUGAAACAGAAACCGAACAGCCAAAACGCUCUAUGAAGAGACUUGCCUCAGAACAGUUGGACACUGAAGAGAAGAAGUGUGUAUUUGGAUCAAGAAAGCCGAGCAAUCCUGCAUUUAUUGCUGCCCAGUCAAAAUUCGAAGAUCUUAGUACAAUUACCAGUGCAGGUAAAGAUGCUGAAGUUGAAUCACAUGUAGACACAACUCUGUCUGGAGCAAGUACUGUAAUCAGGACAAAGGAGCUCGGUAUAGCAGAAAAUUCAACCCCUCACAGUUCAAGGGUUCAAGUAGGUGGCUCUGAAUGUGGCACUGAACUCUCUAUUUCUUCUACCCUUGAUUCGCCUGACAUAUCUGAAGUCGGAGCACCGGAGUGUGAGCAUGAAGCCAAAGUUUUAGAGGAUGGAAUUUACAAUCCAAACAGCAUGAAAAACAUGGAUGUUGAAUCCAAGGAUGAAUCUUCCGUCUCAAUAUCUAACUUAUCUACCUCUGUCUUGGAUAAGCCAGAGAAUCUUGGUGAUGUCAAUGGUGAAUCUGUAAAUCUAAUUGUGACCACGGACACCCCACUGAUAGAGCCUAAGCUGGAGAAGGAUGCAUCAGCUGAUCUGCAGAGACAGCCGGACUCUGUGACAGGUCAUCAACCAUACCGGACAUCUCCAGAAGCUUCUCCCAGAAGCCAUAUAACUGUGCCUGAAUCUCAUGGGACGCCUUCUAGUCAGGUAUCUGUGAAAUCUAAAAAGAAAAGAAGUGAUAAGAGUGGAUCCAACCAAAAGCCUAGAUCCCUGUCAGGGGGUAAGAAAUCACCUUCGAAUCCAAAUCAUGAUUCUGGCUCAAGAGGUAGUGUGGAACAAUUGCCAAGAGAGGAGAAAAAUGGGAAGAGACGCAAUUCCUUUGGUUCAGCAAAAUCAGACCCUAUUGAUCAAGAACCAAUAGAGAGCAAUACUAAUAGUUCUCUUCCCCAUUUCAUGCAAGCCACAGAAUCUGCUAGAGCCAAGCUCCAAGCAAAUAACUCUCCAAGAUCAAGUCCAGAUGUGCAAGACAGAGACAGUUACAUAAAGAAGAGACAUUCCUUACCGGGUGCAAAUGGGAGGCAAGGGUCUCCACGUAUUUUACGUUCAACGUCUCAAGCCCAGCAGAGUGCGAAGGGAAAUGUUACUUAUCAGCAUGAAAGAAAAUGGCAGAGGUGAAGACAUUUGAAUUUAUCAUAUGCCUCAAAAGGAAAUGAUGGUGGAUCACCAGUGUCCUAGAUGGGCAAGUUGGAGUCAAUUAUUGAUCUACUUGACGGGUAGCUACUUAGUUUUGUAUACUGGUUUUUCUCCUCUUUGAUUGUGCUAGUUAAUCCAUGGAUGGAAUUGGGGGUUUGUGUGGAAAGGUUACAUAUAUAUGAAACUGAAUGAGGUUUUCGUGUAAAUUACUACCACUAUCACUACCAUUAUUUUUUAUAAUUUUUUUUUUAUAUUAAAUUUCUUCCCCGGUAUUAUGUAAGUUUAACAGUGUUUGUGAGUGUAAUAUUUAGGUGAAUUACCAGAUGUUUUUACAUGUUACAAGGUUGAGAUCUUUUAAAGGCUUUGACCAAUUAUUGUAAUAAAUUGGAUUUCUGUA